AUGGGUUACACCAAUGGCGCAAGUGAUAUUGAGCGAAUCGCGCAAAGAGCGCGCCAGGGCAGCAGGAGUCUUCCGUUCAUGACUGACCUAUUGGGCAACAGCUUGAACGACCGCCUGCUCUUUGCGGUGCCUAAGAAGGGCCGCCUCCACCAAGCAUGUCUUGAUCUCCUCCACGGCUCCGACAUCCAGUUCCACCGACACUCGCGUCUCGAUAUCGCACUCGUCAAGAACCACCCGCUCGCUCUUGUGUUUCUGCCCGCCGCUGAUAUCCCAACUUUCGUAGGAGAGGGUCGCGUAGACUUGGGCAUAACAGGGCGAGACCAAGUAGCAGAACAUGAGUGCGUCGCACCGCCUACUGCUACCAGCGGUGUAGAGGAGGUCCUAGAUCUCGAUUUCGGAAAGUGCAGUCUGCAGGUACAAGUUCCUGCAAAGGGUGACCUGGCAAAGCCGGAAGACUUGAUCGGCAAGAACGUUGUUACAAGCUUCACCAACUUGGCUGAGCAGUAUUUCCGGAAACUAGAGGCCGAACAGGCCGGAAACACAAACGGAGAGGCCAAUGGUGAUGCCAAACUCAAGACAGUCAUCAAGUACGUUGGUGGCAGUGUCGAGGCGGCGUGCGCAUUGGGCGUCGCAGACGGUAUCGUCGAUUUGGUGGAAUCGGGUGAGACAAUGCGCGCAGCUGGUCUCAAGGCCAUCUCCACAGUCGUCUCAUCAAGUGCUAUCCUCAUCAAGUCGAAGCACCCAUCAGACCCCAAGCUGGUAGAGCUGAUCACGGCUCGGAUAAAGGGUGUUAUCACUGCACAAAAGUACGUCCUGUGCACCUACAACAUCGACCGAUCGAAGCUCGAUAUUGCGCGCAAGAUUACUCCCGGACGCCGCGCCCCCACCGUCAACGCGUUGGAAGAGGAUGGCUGGGUGGCUGUUCAGGCUAUGGUGUUGAGGAAAGAUAUCGCUAUUGCUAUGGACAAGUUGACAGAGGUUGGGGCUACCGACUUGAUCGUAACCAAGAUCGAGAAUUCGAGAACAGGAGAUUAA